AAAAAUAUUUAUUUAUAUAUGUGUAUACAAUUUAUAAAGGUAUAUUUAUAUCUUUUUUUUUUAUGUUUAAACGAAACACAGGUAAAAAAGUGCACGAGUGAAUUACUAAAGCAGGAACUUUAUAUACUCCUUUAUAUACACUUGCCACUUUGUGUAUUUUAAGCUAUUAUAGUUAUACACAAAUAAUAGUUUAUAAAAUAAACAGGCUUUAAGAAAGCUGACAAAUAUGCAUCACAUAGCUUCUACAUAAAACAAAAAAGCUAGACUUGUUUACAUGUAAUAUUCUAG